AGCGCGGUCCUGACGAGCCUCUCGCCCCGCCCCGUUCAGUCAUGGCGCUGUCCUCGCGGCUGUGGCGCCUUCUCCCUCUGCGGCGCGGAGCCACCCAGAGCUUCCGGCAGCUGGCGAGGACCUGGGGCAGCCGGGGACACCGUGGCUCCGAGGUGAUAAGAAACACUCGACCUUUCAAGAGAGGCCUUUUGUUCUCAGCCUUGUCUUUGUUCGGUUUUGAAACCUACCAACUCAUUUCUCAGGCUGCCGUGGUUCAUGCCACAGCCAAAGUUGAAGAAAUACUUGAGCAAGCAGACUACCUAUAUGAAAGUGGAGAAACAGAGAAGCUUUAUCAGUUGCUCACACAGUACAAGGAAAGUGAGGAUGCAGAGUUACUGUGGCGUUUGGCACGAGCAUCACGUGACAUAGCACAGCUUAGUAGGACUUCAGAAGAAGAAAAAAAAGUUUUGGUGUAUGAAGCUCUAGAGUAUGCAAAAAGAGCACUAGAGAAAAACGAGUCGAGUUUUGCUGCUCAUAAGUGGUAUGCAAUCUGCGUUAGUGAUGUUGGAGACUAUGAAGGCAUCAAGGUUAAGAUUGCAAAUGCCUACAUUAUCAAGGAACAUUUUCAGAAAGCAAUUGAGCUGAACCCUAAAGAUGCUACUUCAAUUCACCUUAUGGGUAUUUGGUGCUAUACAUUUGCUGAAAUGCCUUGGUAUCAAAGAAGAAUUGCUAAAGUGCUGUUUGCAAAUCCUCCUAGUUCCACCUAUGAGGAGGCCGUGAAGUAUUUCCACAGGGCAGAACAAGUGGAUCCAAACUUCUACAGCAAAAACUUGCUGCUGUUAGGAAAGACAUACUUGAAACUAAACAACAAAAAGCUUGCUGCUUUCUGGCUGGUAAAAGCCAAGGGUUAUCCAGCACACACAGAGGAAGAUAAACAGAUACAGACAGAAGCUGCUCAGUUGCUUACAGGUUUGUGACAAGAACCGAGAACUUUUUGGAGAAGGCAACAAUCUACCUAACACUUUGUAUUUCAUUGAUUUAUAAAGAUGAUAUAUUAACCAUAAUGAUUCUAUGGCUCCCCCCCCCCUCAGUUCUUUUAUGUAUAACCAUUUUUCAAAAUAAAUGGACAAAAUUCUGGGUUUCUUCACAAUUAAAAGUAUAAAAGAAAUUGUCACAUUAUCUACGAGUGGCAGCAGUACAUUUCCCUGGUUCAGACAAAUAUUUUCAAUUUGGAACAGCAACAGGAAAAAAUGGUACUGGAUAUGUAAGAACUCAUCACAUCAGAAUGAGAAGUUUCCAAAAGAAGGCUUUCUGAACAGAUGUCAUAUGAGGGGAUGGUUUUCAUCUUAUAAUUGACUUAAAGUUGCUGUCUUGGAGAAAAGGUAAAAUGAGAGGUGUUUAUGAUGUUGAGGGCUCCUGGCAUAAAGAACUUAAGUGAUAUGUCUUAGAAAGCCAGCCUGAAUAAGGAAAAAUACUGUGGAACAAUUUGCCUUUUGAAAUGUGUUAUAACUUCAUAGAUGGCAGGGCUGGAGAGAUGGCUCAGAGGUUAAGAGAACUGACUGUUCGAAAGGUCCUGAGUUCAAUUUCCAGCAACCACAUGGUGGCUCACAAACACCAUUAAUGAGAUCUGGUGCCCUCUUCUGGCCUGCAGGGACAUAUAGUGGAUACAGGCAGAACAGUGUAUACAUAAUAAAUAAAUAAUUAAAAAAAAUUGUCACUUGGCAAACUGUUAUCCUUUAUAGAAUGUUGGGACACAGAUCUCAGGGUGAGAAGGAAAUAGAGUAUUCAACAGGUGGGGUACUAUCACUUGAAUCUAAGGCGCCACCACAGCAGACUUACAUGUUGUAACAAUUGAAGCUUGGAUGCCACUUACACAGAAUGAAUGUGAGACUGUAUAGGUAUACCCCCCCGAAGACAUGAGAAUUGUAAUGUUUUAAUAAAUUACAGAAAAAUGUG